CUUGUUUGAUGUUCGCCUUUCGCUUUCGGAUAAGUCGGAAAGCCCUACAUUGGUAUUUUUGAUAACGUCGUGCGGGUAGGAUUGCGUAAAAAAUAAAUAUGUGUCUGAUUUUCAUAAAUUACAUUACCAAAACUAAAACCGCUACACAUUUUUUCGCCGAACAUAUUAUUAUAAUUAUAUAAUUAGACUCCAACUCUAAGACUCUAAGUCUACUUUCUUGAUACUUUGAUACUGAUCUUGAACACAUGAUCCUUACGCCAUCAAAGCUCAUUCGACUCAUUCAGAUUCAUUCAUAAUAUGGACCAUGGAGGAUUGGGGGUAUAAAACAAAGUUACAACGUCGGAAAAUUUUACAGAAUCUCCAGUUCAAUUAUUAAUCAACUACAAGAAGUGUGUCUUCACCAGGCUUGUCAUGUCUGACUAACAACAUUAUUAGUUAAUAUAGUCCAUUCAUUAAAUAGUGUUAUGAAUCUUAAUCUAGUGCUAUUUCUACUAGUGUAAAUUCAGUGACUAAAAAUUGUAAUUAUAACAAAUUAAGUCUGUCACCAGUGAAGUCUCCGGACUAGUUUAGAGCAUAAAUAAAUCAAGAAGCUAUUCUCAAGACUUAUGAUUUAUCCUUAGUCCUUAGGCUUAGCCUAGCGAGUUUAGUCAGUAAAAAUAGAAAUAGUAGCUGAUUAAAUAACUCUUGACAGCAAACAUAGUAUUAAUCAUCAUAAUAUUUAAUAAGAACUUGGGGGCUAUUUAAAAUUUUAAUUAAUGGCUGUGCUAAAAACGAAGAAAGAAAUAGAGGCUUUGGUUGACCUCUUUCUCUUACCCAAUUUUAAUCCAUUUUCUGGCAACACUGACCCUGGCACUGUAUAUCAAACAAAAAUAAAUUCUACAUGUGAGUUGCAAUGUGAUCUGCUAUUAAUAAUUAAUAUUAACUUUUAGAUUAUCCUACUGUUAUUGAUUAUUAAUAGUAAUAGGUUACAAUUUGAAAUGCUUAUUGUUUUAACAUAAAAAUAAAAUAGGCCUAAUUAUUUUUGUGUUUUUUGCAAAAGAUUUGGUUGUGGAUAAUAUAAAUAAAUUCUAAUUCCUUUAUCUUAAUACUAGCAUAGUCAUCAUUUAAAUUUUCCUUUUAAAAGGGACAAAUAUUGAUUUUGAAGCGGAGCUUGAAGAUGAAGAAUGUUCUGAUGAGCCAUUUGGUAAGUCUUCUAAAAACACCUUUUGAAUUAUUCAUUUAAACUAUUUAUAUAGUAUAUUAUAUGCAUUUUUCCUAAGUCCUAAGCUAGUUACUUUUCCCUACACUUUGUUAAUCAAAGAACUGUAGCUGCAAAUCAGAGAGUAAAAAACAUUCUUUCUUAUUUAAAAACAAUUUGUAAUUUAAAAUGUAAUUUUCUAGAUAAUAUUUCAAAAGAAAGUGGAUUAUUGCUUGCAAGACUUGGAAAUGAUUUUCUUCAUGACAUGGAACAACAAAGAUUUCAAAAUCAAAGUAAGCAUUUACAAAAUUACUCAGAUAAUUUUUUAUAUUAAUAAUUAUUCAAAAAUUGAUUUAAACUGUCAAUUAACAUAGCAAAUGCAAUAAUGUUUGAAGUGUUGUUCACUGAUGUGGUCAUGUCAGAUUGGAAAAACAAUUUUUGGGUUAGAGGAAUUUUAAAUCUUGGUCUGAAGUGCAGGGUCAAAGAUCUUAGGCAUAAUGGAAUUUUAUACUUUGGCAUGAUACCAUAGUAAUAAUUAGAAGACACUGUAAUCAGGUUAGAAAAAUGGAAAUGAGCGGGGAAAAAAUAUGGGAAAACUUGAAAAAAGAAUGCAACACAUGUAUAGGUGUGUUGUUUUUUUCCCUCAGAUUUUGCCAUUACUUUGUUUCACUCUUUUCCAUUGGCAAGAUACUACAAGAUUUUCUAUAGAAGUUUUCAUACUUGGGUUGUGAUUCACAAAAAACUGAGAUCUUAAUAGUCUAGAUUAACUUGGCAAUAUGCAAGACAAGUGAAUAAUGAUAUUAAGCAUCGACUUGUGUAUUACCUCACCACCCCACACUACUGGUGGGUCGGUUAAUUGCUUUUAGGGAAAAUACUUCUUAUAUUUAUUGAGAAGCUGGCAGAUUCUCUCAUAUUUUUUUUUUAUUUAACUGUGUUAGCAGCUCACACAGCCUUAAACCUUGAUGGCCAAACGUCAGUAUGGAGGGGUGUUCCUAACCUUGCACAACUUUUCUUGAGUACUUGUUGAGCUAUACUGAAAAUGGUCUCCUUGGGUAUUUUAAAAUCUGGCCUAUUUGUAUGUCAGCUGUGUGUUUUAUGAAUUUAUAAGGGAAAAAAUUGAUUAUGUUUUGAACUUUGAUAAAGUAGAUCUAUUUUAAUGACAUUAUUAGCUCCCUUAUUUCUUGACAGAUUUAUUUACGUUUGUGGCUAACAAAAUCAAAUCAUCUUUAAUUAGAUUAGCAAGACUCACAGAACAAAGUGUAAGUUUUGUCCAAAUUAUUUUUCUUAUAAACCCUUUGUUAUUGUAAGCUUAUCAGUUAGCAUGAAGACAGGUGAACUCGUGUCAGUUUCAUUUUAUACACAUAGGUUAUCAUCAUUUCCAAACUAUAAUAAAUUGAAAUGGAGCCAAUUAAAAUUGUUUUUUUCAAUGCAGAGCAUAUUUUAAAACACUUCCAACUUUAUUUACCUUUCAAUAGUUAUAUCAGCAGCUUCGAUAUUUAAUUUUUUUUUCAGUAAAUCAAAUCUACUCAGAAUCAGAAGGCUAAAAAAUGCAUUGUAACAGUAAAAAUAUAGUUGUGGGGGUAUAAACAGCAUAUGCAGCAUGUGUAAUUGUUAUUUAACAUUAAAUUUGUAAAGAAAUCUUGAAUAUUUUAUUGCAGACUGUAAGUCCUGACAUUUUAGAGCAGGAAAGAGUUAAUGCAUGGACCACUUUUCAAGGUGUGAUGGAAAGUUCAAUUUCUGGCACUGGAGUUGACAAUCUGCACAAAUUAGGCUCAUUUUUAAUGUGUCUCAAUGGCUUAGCAGGACUAGGUUCAAAACCAAGAGAACUUGCCAAGCAGUUUGCACUAAGGUUUCUUCUAAAUAAUAAAAACAGACAAUCAGCUUUUUCAGUGAGUACGAGGAUUCCUUUAUGCCAAAUUCAAUUUUGUAUAGAGAUUAUUAUGUAAAAUACUGAUUUAAGCUCAAUUUCAAAACAAGCCACAUGUUGCAGUACUUUGUAUAUUUUUCUCAUUUAUCUAAUAUUGUAAAGGAAAAUUGGCAAGGGUUUGAGUAAUUAUCAAAUAUUGCAUCUUCUAUUGUACACAAAUUUUAGUACAAUAGAAUUUAGCUUUGCUGGUCCCCAAGAAAGUCAGAAUGAAUGAAACUGUAAUUUUUUUAAAAAAGUAUUUGCAUGGAAUAUUCAUUCACUGGAAGUUAAUUUUUUAUUGAUUUUGUUUGUAAUGAAGUAACUAUCUUUUUUCCACAGAAUGAUUUUAAGCUAUGUGAGGAUGAGCUGGAUUGACCUUUGGCAAUAUCGUAAAUGUGAAGAUUUUGUGCACCUGUAUUCAAGUUUAAUAAAUAAAUACAUUUGUAAAUAACACACCAUAUUUAUAAGCUUUUAAUGUUCUGAACUGAAUUUGUGAUCUACUUUCUUUUAUUGUUUUAAAAUAGGGCUGACUGCAUUCAGGUUGAAGCAAUAUGAAAAUAUAAAAUGCAGUAUAAGGGAAAACCUGAAAGAUCUCUUUCUAUGGUUUUAUGGUUGUACAUUCUUGGAUCUUAAAUUACCAUGUUUUCAUAUUAGUACAUAUUUGUAUUUCAAAAUUACAUAUAAUGCUCAACUCAUGGUAAUCUGAAAACAUCUUAUGUACAUCUGUAUGUCAUAUGUUAAGGGCAUUUAUUGUAUUCUUUAAUCAAUACAUUAAGUUCCACAUGUGCUUGAUCUAAAAUUUAAAAAUACAAUAAGAAUUAAACUUUUCAACUCAAAUUAUAACUUUUGACUUGAUAAUUUUAUUUAUUACACUUCAUGACAGAACAUUUUAUUGCAUUCCAAGCACCAUAUUCAUGUAAAGGGAAAAUG